AUGCCUCAGACUCUACGAUCAAGCAGGCGUCGCGUAGACUCCCAACAGACCUCAGAAACCAACAUCCCGUCUCCAAUUCAACCAGUCCACUUCAUCACACCACAAGCACGCUCAGAUCACCCACAACAAGACAUCAACCUGAUCCCCCCAGACCUAACGCGCCUCCCAAACCUAAGCACCGAAGAAACAAUCCUCCUCCGCAAAAAGCAAUCCCGCCUACCCGCGUCCGCAUCCGCCACCAACACAACCGCAGCAGACUACGGCCCACACGCCGUUCAAGCCCUCUCUUCAACUCUCAUCUUCGCGCAGCACGAAGCAGGCACCGCAGUCUGCAUCCACCCAGCCGGAUGGCUCCUCACCUGCGCACAUUGCUUCGGCGAGACCGAGGCAGAGUGGCGCUCCAACCGGCGGAAAUGGCUCCUCUAUUUUACGGGCGAAGCAGUGCAAGCCGAGUGUGUAGCCUGGGACGCGAGGCGUGACCUUGCGCUCGCCAGAAUAAUCGCACUUGAGUGCCUGCCCCCGGCUGCCUCCCAGGGGACUUUAAUCCCAAGCUUUGCGUGCGUACCACUAGCAACGCCGUCUGCUUCUCUCAGAUCCGAGAUACUCUGUAUCGGGCAACCGGGUGCCGAUGAUCUGGAAUCAUCCGCUCCGCGAAAAACAGCCUACGAUCUUAUUGAGAUUUCUGAAGGUCGAUUGCGCGGGUUGAUACCCGGUGCUGACCCUCAUGAUAACGAGGAGAUUGGGACCUUGAAGCACGAUGCCUGGACGUACUGGGGUCAUUCUGGGGCGCCUUUGGUGCGGCUGACUGAUGGUGUAUUACUGGGCUUGCAUUCGUCGUGGGAUGAUACUACGGCUAUGAGGCAUGGGGUUCCGCUUGUUGCGCUUAGGGAGUUUCUGAGGGAGAGGUUUCCUGGCGGUUGGGCUAUGGAGGACCAGCGUAAUGGAGAAGAACGAGAGGUAAUCGUGAUUGAUGAUUGA